AUGGCCACCACCGACGGCGGUGCUGUACCUCAAUCACUUACUACAUCUGGAGCUGUCACGGCGAGUACAGAGGGCAACAGCGGCGGACGAUGGAUCAAUGUUAGCCGAGAUGGCAAGCUUGUCUUCAAGAAGUCCGCGUUUCCUUACUCCCGACUCUCAUUGACCGAACAGCCACCUCGACCGAUUCGACCAACGUUCCAGAAAGUACCUAAUGCAAGUCUGCACCAAGAGAACAAGCGAUGCCAUGACUUCAUAGAGUGGCUAGAAAAGAAGGUGGAAGAUCAAGAAAAGAGGAUGGUUCAUGCCGAGAUAGGACGAGCUGAGGAUAGAAAAAGAGCCGUCGAUGACUUGGUCGAACUGAAACAACACAACAAAAGGGCGGUGACCGACUUUGGUUGCGCCACGGCAGAGAAGAAAGAAUACGAGAAGAGGAUGAUGGUGGCUGAAGACAAGCUGGCUUCGCUUGAACAGCGUGAGGAAGCUUUGAAGAUUGCAAAGUUAAAGCUUAAGCACCUUCAAGCAAAGUCCAAGACAUUCCAAGAUCUCUCUGAUGCGGUCGUGGCUAUGGGCACCAAAGUCGAGAAGGCAAGUCGCGAUAUGAAGAACUCAGCAGCACGCAAGAGCACUCCGCAAUCGGCCUUCAAGAACAUCCGGCUCGUUCAGCUCAACGAGCAGCUCAAACAAGAGCGAGACAAGAACCGAGAAGAGCAUGCUGAGCUGAAUAAGACUUUACAAGAGCAAGAGAUUUCACACAGUCAGACAAGAGACCAAAAUGAGGAAGAGGGAGCGAGGUUAGCAAUCGAGCGACAAGCGUUUCUCGCAGAGAAACAAGCGUGGCAUCUGCAGAGAGGCCAGACACUCAGCGACACGGAGUUCAAGCUCACUUUGAAUGUUUGUGUGGAAAAGCAACUGGAAAAGAUUACGCCUCUCAUUGUGGAAGAAGCCCGAAGGUACAUCUGGACAUUGCAAGAGGCGGAGUGGGGUGAACACGAGUCCGAGAGCAUCGCAAACGCCAAAGAGCAAGGCUACGAGGACGGUUACACCGAAGGUCUUGCAGAAGGCAGACGCAUUGCUUCAGCUGAUAUGAGCGAGAUUGAGUGCGAAGCCUAUGACAAUGGCUAUUCCGUUGGUUAUCAAACAGGCAAAAUUUUCGGGAUGGACUGGGUUGAGGUGGAGCACGAGAUGAAGCUUCCAAGGAUCCAAGAAGAUGCAGGUUACGCUCGCGAGACGAUUCUUUUGUCUACUAUCCGAAAGAUCGACUAUGUGACCGAUGGAACAAGUAUACUCGGGGACAAGCAGAUGGUGAAGCCCAGGGAUAUGAGAAAGGUCGGAACGCCGGACAGUCUCAGGGUCACCAGAAAGGUUACAGCAAAGGGUACGCUCAAGGGGUCACCGCAGGACGAUCGCAAGGGAAUGCUGGUGUCCGGAAGAAUGGAUAUAACGAAGGCUACGCCGAUGCAAAUGCCGGAUUCGACGGACGACUGGAUGCAGCGCACAAGAAAGGAGUUGAUGCGGUUGAGGAGACUUUCAAGCCGAGACUCGACAGCGAACGUCAGGCUGGUAAAACUCUGGGCUAUAACAGUGGAUGGGUUGAUGGCUACGAUGCUCAUAAGUCCAUGCGCAGUCGUCAAGAGGCUGAAGAGGCUGAACAGGCCGAAGAAGCAUUGGCUAGUUCGUGGGGUGUGA